CGGAGAAGGAGCGAGAGGAGGGAGGGGAGCGGUGGAAAAAGCCGCCCGGGACCCCCUUCCUCCCAAGGGCUGGGGCCGGCGCCCCCAGGCUCCCCAGCCCCUGGCCGUCCUGGGGGUGCGGAGGGGAGCAGGGGGCCGGCGGGACCCCCCUGCGCCCCUCCAUCUCCGGGGUCCCGCUUGCGGGGAGCGAAACCCUUCGGUCUCUCCCCCUCCUUCCCUCCCCUCCCCUCCUCCCUCCCUCCUUCCUUCCUUCCUUCUCCAGGCUUGGCCCGGGGAGGGAGGGGGGCUCUGCCUGCAGUCUGCCUUCACGCCUGCCCGCCCGGGCGACGCCGGGCUCCCGCCUGCCCCCCCGGCCGCCCCCCGGCCGCCCCCCGCGCCCCCCGGGCCAGGUGAGGCUGCGCUGCCGUCCCUUUUGGAUGUAGGGAGGCGAGACCCCGGAUGGAUUUCGGGAGCGUCAUGAACCAGGCUGUGACCCCCUGCUCCCCUGCUGUCAACUAUGAGCUGCCAUCCCCGGGGGAAAGCAUCACGAAUCAGGUAGACGCCCUGGAUGCCACAAAAUCCCCCAGGAGCGGGCAGUCACGCCACAAAACAUCCAGGAGCAUGAGCCUGACUGCAGCCAUGGAGAGCAGCUGUGAGUUGGACCUGGUGUACAUCACGGAGCGGAUCAUCGCCGUCUCCUACCUCAGUGCAGCCGAGGAGCAGAGCUUCUGCAGCAACCUCCGCGAGGUGGCCCACAUGCUGAAGUCCAAGCAUGGGGACAACUACGUGCUUUUCAACCUCUCUGAGCGGAGACAUGACAUCAGCAAGCUUCACCCCAAGGUGCUGGACUUUGGGUGGCCCGACCUGCACACCCCGGCCCUGGAGAAAAUCUGCAGCAUUUGCAAAGCCAUGGACACGUGGCUCAACGCGGCAGCACACAACGUGGUGGUGCUGCACAACAAGGGGAACCGCGGCCGGCUGGGGGUGGUGGUGGCUGCCUACAUGCACUACAGCAACAUCUCAGCCAGCGCCAACCAAGCUCUGGACAGGUUUGCCAUGAAGCGCUUCUAUGAGGACAAAGUAGUGCCAGUGGGACAGCCAUCCCAGAAGAGGUACAUCCAUUACUUCAGCGGGCUCCUGUCUGGCAGCAUCAAGAUGAACAACAAGCCCCUCUUCCUCCACCACGUCAUCAUGCACGGCAUCCCCAACUUCGAGUCGAAAGGCGGUUGUCGGCCCUUCCUGAAAAUCUACCAGGCCAUGCAGCCCGUCUACACCUCCGGGAUCUACAAUGUGCAGGGAGACAGCCAGACGGGCAUCUGCAUCACCAUCGAGCCUGGCUUGCUCCUCAAGGGCGAUAUCUUGCUGAAGUGUUACCACAAGAAGUUUCGCAGCCCGACCCGUGACGUGAUUUUCCGCGUGCAGUUCCACACGUGCGCUGUGCACGACCUUGAUGUUGUCUUUGGCAAGGAGGACCUGGAUGAGGCCUUCAGAGAUGACCGCUUCCCCGAGUACGGGAAGGUGGAGUUUGUGUUCUCCUAUGGCCCCGAGAAGAUACAAGGCAUGGAGCACCUGGAGAACGGGCCCAGCGUUUCCGUGGACUACAACACAUCUGACCCACUCAUCCGGUGGGACUCCUAUGAGAACUUCAACAUCCAGCGUGAGGACAGCACAGCGGGCACCUGGGCUGAGCCACCCCUGCCCAGCAAGCACCUGGAGAAAGAGGUUGGGCACACGCAAGGGCCCCUGGACGGGAGCCUCUACGCUAAAGUGAAGAAGAAAGACUCCCUCCACGGCAGCACCGGUGCCAUCAACACCGCCCGCCUCCCGCUCUCGGCAACACCCAACCACGUUGAGCACACGCUCUCGGUGAGCAGCGACUCGGGCAACUCCACUGCCUCCACCAAGACUGACCGGACCGAUGAGCCGGGGGUGCCCGGGGUCCCCGGCGGCCAGGCGGUGCUGAGCCCCGAGGAGAAGCGGGAGUUGGAUCGUCUCCUUGUUGGCUUCGGCUUGGAGAGCGCGCCGCCCAUGCACAACCACGUGCCCGGCCCUGUGCCGGCGCGCCUGCCCGCCGUGCCGGGCCGCCACGUCGUGCCGGCUCAGGUGCACGUCAAUGGGAAUGCUGCGGCGCUGGUGGCCGAGCGGGAGACAGAUAUCUUGGAUGAUGAGCUGCCCAACCAGGAUGGGCACAGCGUGGGCAGCCUGGGCACCCUCUCCUCCUUGGACGGCACCACCACCGCCAGCGAGGCCGGCUACCAGGAGGCGCCCAGGGUGGGCAGCCUCUCCUCCCUGCCCAACGGCCCAUCGAGCUGCAACGGGGCUGAGAAGCUGCUGAAGGAGGGGCUGUAUGAUGGCGAGCCACUCUCCAACGGCGGCUACCCCUACAACAACCAGAAUGCCCUGAUGGGCCACCACCUCCGCGACCCGCUGCUUCCUUUGCGGCCCUCGGCAUCCACUCAGGACAACCUGGCUGGCUACCCGCAGCGCCCGCCAGGCUCCCACGCCCCAGGCUGGCUCCAGCCCCAGCCGCUGCCCAGUUCCCAGCCCUACCUGUAUGGCUAUGACCCCCCCGGCGCCUACCGCUCUCGGUCCUUCCCGGCGGUGGACACAGCCAAGUACGACGCGAACCCAGCGCUGCCCCAGGCCCCGGCUCGCAGCACCAGCAGCCGGGAGGCCGUGCAGAGGGGCUUGAAUUCCUGGCAGCAGCAAGGAGGGAGCCGGCCGCCUUCCCGGCUGCAGGAGGGUGGCAUGGAGAGCCACAGCCCCAGCGUCUCCAGCUGCAGCCCCCAGCCCAGCCCACUGCAGCCAGUGCCCCCGCACAGCCACAGUAUGCCCGAGUUCCCCCGGGCACCCUCCCGCCGGGAGAUCGAGCAGUCCAUUGAAGCCCUCGAUGUCCUCAUGCUGGACCUCGCACCCACCGUCCACAAGUCGCAGAGCGUGCCUGCUGCCUCCCGCCAGGACAAGCCGGCAGGACCCCUGCUCUCCUCCAUCUCGGCCCAGCCCAUUGCUGGUCUCUAUGCCCGGCCAGCUCCACAAGCGGUCCAGCCGAGGUCUUUCGGCACUUCUGUGAGCCCUGUGGUCUCUGAGCCCGGAGGCAAAGCGUAUUCUCCCGGGGAGCCGGACUAUGGGGUGCAUGAGUACCGGGAAACCUAUUUGCCCUACAGCUACCAGCCAGCACCGGUGCCAGAGCCGAGGAGCUACAGCCAUGCCCCGGCGGGAUCACCGAUGAGCAUCCUCCCGCUCAGCACCUCCUACAGUCCUGUGGGGUCUCAGCAGCUCCUCGUCUCCUCCCCGCCUUCCCCCACCGUCCCAACACAAACCCAGAUGCCCUCCAAGGGACCGGAGAGCUAUGAAGACCUGUCGAGGUCAGCAGAAGAACCUUUGAAUCUGGAGGGCCUGGUGGCCCAAAGGGUGGCAGGGGUGCAGUCCUGGGAGAAGCCCCCGGAGGAGAGCGCCGUCCCUGCCCGCAAGCGGACCCCCAGCGACAGCCACUAUGAGAAGAGCUCGCCGGAGCCCGGCUCGCCCCGCAGCCCCACUGUUCUCUCACCUGAGGUGGUCAGCACCAUUGCGGCCAACCCCGGAGGGAGGCCCAAAGAGCCUCACCUCCACAGCUACAAGGAAGCCUUUGAAGAGAUGGAGGGUUCCUCCCCCACCAGCCCACCCUCCGGCGGCGGUGAGAUUUCUCCCCCCACCCCAGCCUUCCCUGUCUCGCCACAAACCCCUUACUCCAACCCCUUGCGUUCUCCCCCUGGCCUGGCCAAGACCCCGCUUUCAGCACUGGGGCUGAAACCCCACAACCCAGCUGAGAUCCUGCUGCAUCCAGUGGGAGAGCUAGAAGGGGAGGCAGGAGGUGUCUCUGAAGAAGAGCCCAGAAGCUACGUUGAGUCAGUGGCCCGCACGGCCACGACGGGCAGGGGAGGGACCCUGCCCACCACCCAGCCGGGGGGCCCAGAGGUGCCUGCCAGGAACGGCACCUUCGCCAACUCCUUCACUGCCCCCAGCCCCGUCUCCACCAGCAGCCCCAUUCACAGCGUGGACGGGGCCUCCCUCCGCAGCUACCCAUCGGAGGGCAGCCCCCAUGGCACGGUUACACCUCCCCACGCCUCGGCUGAGCCUGUUUACCGGUUGCCUGUUGGCUCGCAGAUACCCUCUGCUCACAGCAGCUACCAAAACUCGUCUCCAUCUUCCUUUGCAAUGGUCCAAGGUGGGGUCCCGGGCUCAGCGUAUGCCAGCCCUGACUACCCUGAUGGCCGAGCCAACCUCCAGCCAGACCCCCAAUCUCGGCCUCAGCCACAGGUCAAUGUGGUGGGGGUCCACGUCCUGCCGGGGAGCCCCCGCACCCUGCACCGGACAGUGGCUACCAACACGCCGCCCAGCCCUGGCUUCGGGCGAAGAGCCGUCAACCCUGGCAUGAGCGGCACUCCCGGCAGCCCCGGGCUGGGCAGACACACCGUGGUGGCUCAUGGCAACCUGGUGGCCCCACCGGGAAGCCCCAGCCUGGCCAGGCAUCAAGCUGUGGUGGCCGUGCCCCCUGGCAGCCCCCUGUACGGCUACCCCAGCCCGGAGGAAAGGCGCCCGACGCUGUCUCGGCAGAGCAGCUCCUCUGGCUACCAGCCUCCCUCCACGCCAUCCUUCCCCGUCUCGCCGGCGUACUACCCCGGCACAAGCACGCCGCACUCCUCCUCCCCGGACUCGGCUGCCUACCGCCAGGGCAGCCCCACGCCACAGCCUGCGCUGCCCGAGAAGCGGCGGAUGUCAGCCGGGGACCGCUCCAACAGCCUCCCCAGCUAUGCCACCAUCAACGGCAAGGCGUCCUCGCCCCUCUCCAGUGGCAUGUCCAGCCCCAGCGGUGGGAGCACCGUCACGUUCUCCCACACCCUGCCGGACUUCUCCAAGUUCUCCAUGCCAGACAUCAGCCCUGAGACUCGUGCCAAUGUCAAGUUUGUGCAGGACACUUCUAAGUACUGGUACAAACCGGAGAUCUCCAGGGAGCAGGCCAUCGCACUGCUGAAGGACAGGGAGCCAGGGGCUUUCAUCAUCCGAGACAGCCACUCCUUCCGGGGAGCCUACGGUCUCGCCAUGAAAGUAGCUUCUCCACCUCCCACGGUCGUGCAGCAGAACAAGAAAGGAGACAUCACCAACGAGCUGGUGAGGCACUUCCUCAUCGAGACCAGCCCGCGGGGUGUGAAACUAAAAGGAUGCCCCAACGAGCCAAAUUUUGGCUGUCUCUCGGCCCUGGUGUACCAGCACUCCAUCAUGCCCUUGGCCCUGCCCUGCAAGCUGGUUAUUCCUGACCGAGAUCCCAUGGAGGAAAAGAAAGACACUGUGUCGGCCACCAACUCAGCCACAGACCUCCUCAAACAGGGUGCGGCCUGCAAUGUCCUCUUCAUCAAUUCGGUGGAGAUGGAGUCGCUGACGGGCCCCCAGGCCAUUGCGAAGGCUGUUGCUGAGACCCUGGUGGCUGACCCCACGCCCACUGCUACCAUUGUCCACUUCAAAGUCUCUGCACAAGGCAUCACCUUAACUGACAACCAGAGGAAAUUGUUCUUCCGACGACACUACCCCCUCAACACUGUCACCUUCUGUGACCUGGAUCCCCAGGAACGAAAGUGGACUAAAACUGAUGGCAGCAGCCCAGCCAAGCUCUUCGGCUUUGUGGCCAGGAAGCAAGGGAGCACCACAGACAAUAUCUGCCACCUCUUUGCUGAGCUGGACCCAGACCAGCCAGCUGCAGCCAUUGUCAACUUUGUCUCCAGAGUCAUGCUUGGCUCCGGCCAGAAAAGAUGAGCUGGCGCUUGCGGGUGAUUCUUGAAUUUUGGAGAAGGACUUGGAGCUGAUCCGAGAAGGAAUGUGAGGAAGUGCAUUGUGGGAGAGGGAAGUGAAUUGGGGGGUGGGGUGGGGGGGAAAGGGUUGGAAUUUUGGAGGAAAACAGCAAACAAGCAAAAGAAACACAACGAAACCCCUAAAAACUCAACACAAGCCAAACACACACUUAGAGGAACCAAAAGCACGCACCUACAUAAGAGAGCCACAAAGUCACGCCAGACAGGAUGCAUGUCCCAUCGCAGGGAAGGUGACCAAAGCAAAGGCAGCAGUGAGAGGUGUGUUCCCAGCUUUCAGCAUCACUGUCCUGAGUGGUGACAUCCACUUGGGACCAACUGUGGGACCAUGAGUGGUGUUUUCCAUCUGGAAAAAAAAAAGAGACAACUGGCAAAACCCAUGGAAGAAGCUCUGUCCCAACAGCUCCAUCAGUGAACAUCUGCGGUGUGUUUGAAAUGACCCAUAGGAGAUACCGACGUGGGUUGGUUUGUGGGACACCGAAGGAAAUGCCUUCAGAAACCUUCCUUUGCCCAGCUGCAGCAGAGGGUCCUCACCAGCCCCCCGUGCUUCUCCUGAAACCUGACGGCCACCUGGCAACUUGCUGGGGGAGUGGGGGGGCUUGGUCCUGAAUCCUCCCAUCCCCAGGGAGCUCGGCUGUGGGCUGACCUCCGUUGCUGACCCAGAGCCCAGCGCUGGUCACAGGUGAGCUGCUGUGAGUCCACCCAGAGAGGGGGGUCACGGCAUUUCCCCACGUCCCUGGGGGUCUUUGUACCCCCCAGCCUGCGAGGAGGUGUGGGGGAGCUCCUGCCACCCCGUGCCUGGGGAAGGCAGAUGCUCCCUGGGAACCUCCCUGGAGGAUGCAGAAAGUCGCCUCUUCUCCUGUCUUCCCCUUUUCCCUCCUGUCACUAGUCCUCUUUGGCAGUUUUCUCCUGUGGCCUGUCACACGUUCUCUUACCACACACACAAAAAAAAAAAACCAAAACAGAAAGGAAAGAAAAACAUUGUAAUAAUAAUAGUAAUUAUAAUAAUAGCGUAUGCUGGCACAGGUGAGCUCCCUGUGUGAAGCAGUGGACCCGUGGCUACCCCUUAUCUCGCUCUUUGGAGACGUGCAAGCAGUUUUUAAAUUGCAUGGACGUUCAAGUUGCACGAAAGGUGAAUGACUACAAGUAACUCAGGCGCUUUUUUCUCCUUUUAUUUUGGAGGCCACGUUAAAAAAAAAAAAAAAAAGAAAAAGAAGGCAGAAGAUUAAAAAGAAAAAAGGGAAGGACCUGCAGUCACUCGACCAUGUUGGCUCAGUGGGGAGGUAACAGGUCCUCCGAGAGCCACCCUGCUUGGCAUGCGUGUACCCCCAAAACCGGCUGGCUGGAGGCUCAUGCCCCCCUGAAUGCACCGUAGUUUUGCAGUGGCUUCGGUGCUGUUGGCUUUUCCCUUUGCUUUGAGGGGUGAGGAGGGCCAGUGGGGGGGCGAGAGGGGUGAAAGGCCCCUGUGCUGCUGCGGGCAGGGGAUCAUGGUUGGGGGGCAGCAGGUGGAGGUCCCAGCCCUGUGGUGCUGGGGAGGGGGCAGAGGGUGCUUCGGUCACACGUGCAGGCUUGGGACAGGGGGAAUGGUCCGGCUGGAACCGCAAGGUCAUUGCCGAGCUCUUGUCUGCAAAUAUUUCCCCUUCCCUCGAGAGCUUUUUGGGAGAAGUUUUCAGUGCAAAGUGGCCCAGAUAGUCUGUUGGGGGCAAAAAUUAGAAGCAUAGCACUGCAGGCCCCCAGGAGAGCUUGUCUCCCUCAAACUGCCCUUGCCUUGAUAGCUAUAAUAUAUAUACGAGCUAUACUGACAAAAUACUGUAAGCUAAUGAAAUUUUAAGGAGGAAAAAAAAGGUUAAAUUUACACUCCGAAAAUAUUUAUUUUUACCAUACUGCUUUCCGCGCAUCGUAUCUCCCCCAUUAUAUCCUCCUCCCCCACUUCCCCUGCCCCGGGGAAACACCUGCACGUUAAAAGAAAAUCCAGAGCAAGGAAAAAUAUGGAUGGGGGAAGAGGCGCAGGGGUCCCCCCCGUGUUGGGGCGGUGUGCGCGUGACCGGGGGGUGUGUGUGUGUGUGUGUGUGUGUGUGUGUGUGUGUGUGUGUGCACACGCGUGGGGGAGCGAGCGGCGUGGGUGCCCGGAGGGGGCUGGCACGGCCGGAGGCUGUACUGAUGUACUGAAGCGAGCGUGAGAGGAUGCAGAGCGAGGAGUAUGGUUACGAGAUGAUGGUGGGACAGGGGAGUCUGGGGGGGGGCUUCCCCCUCCCCAGCUCCCUGUCCACAUGGAUGCAGAGACCUUUUAAUUUUUGAUGUUUGCGAAAAGCUAUUCCCUCCUUCUGCGAAAUUCAAGCGAGAUGAGAGAUGAUAUCACCCGUAAUCUCCUCACCCUGCCAUUCACUGAUUAGAGAAAACACUGUGUUUAUAGAUAUAUAAAAAUAUAUUUUUGAAAGCCUCUAUUUUUCAGACUUGGUUUUCUCACUGCUAAGAAAAGAGAUGAUAAUAGUGUAAUUUUAUUUUAAUCUGCUGCCUCAGAAACUGGUGCUUGAAACUCCCAUUCUUCUUUUUCUCCCUGUACAAACGAAGCAGAUCUAAGCACCCCAGAGAUGUCGCGUAGAAGCCGACCCCAGCAGAUACCUGCCGAUAGCAUCACGCCUGCUUUGGGCCCUGAGCCUCUCACGGCUUCCCCACUAACCCACUAGCUGAAGAUUUAGACCAUAUCCAAAUCUCAAACACUAACAAAACUGACUGAUGAUUAUAUUAGUUUUUUAACACACAGCUAAUCACCUUCCAAUGAUGUAGCCGGGUGUUUGUCAGCUCCCUUUAAAGGCACUUUUUUUCCUUUAAUCUCGUUUUAAAAGUUACAUUUUUAGGUGUAACUACCCUUUCUGUCCUGGGGAGAGACUGCCAGCCGGUGUUGAGGAUCACCCAGGUCCUGGGGCUGGCGGGGACUUAGUGUUGAUAUUUUUCUCUUUAUGAAAGGGACAGAAAAGACUCUUUGGGUUUAUUUCUUUCAUUUUUAAAUGCAGUCAUGGUAUCUGAGAUUUGAGCUUGUGCGAGUAAAGCGCAGCAUAUGUUUUGUUGUAAUCACACUGCCGUUGUCAGCAGCCGGAUGGUAUCUCUCUCUCGCUCACACACACACACAAACACAUCCCUCCUUCCUGCACAAAGAACUGCAUAUAUUCUUGCCAAAGAUAUCCUUGAAAACGCACUUUUCCCCACAUAUAUAUAUAUAUUUUUUUUUUUUGCGUGUGUAAAUUUAUUGUACGUGCCCAUUUCGUGUCAGUUUGUUCUUCAGAGAAGCCCCUUUCCUCCCGUCCUCCCUUUGCUGUCAGUGUUGCUAUCUGUUGGGAAAUGCUCCCUGGGGGACGUGUUGUUUGCUGCCUGUCCCAAAUGGUAGCACCUGCAAUGUGCAAAAUUUGGUGUUUCCAUUCAGUGGGGCUGCCUCCGGCUCUGCCCAUCCCAGAAGCUAUUUUGGGAGAUGAUCCAUGUCAUCAUCUGCUGAUAGGAUGCAUCCAUCUCAUGGCCUUUGCCACACCCUCAUUGCAAGUGGAGAUGGGGGGGGGUUCAUGGGUUUAAGUAGAUAAAUUGAGCAAAGUUUGGGGUUGCUCCGGAUGCAACAUUUGCUGGCUGCCCCCUGGUCAAACCACACAUGGAAAACAAACCAGGUAGGGAGAAAAACCCAACCCAGCCCCUGGGCAUCGAUUUUCCAGUGAGUUCAACUGCUUGAACUGCAGCGCAAAGUAAAUCCCGACCCAGCAGGUCGGGCGGGUAAAGAAACCAGUUGCCCCAAAACCCCAGACAGCAGCAUCAACAAAAGGCAACCCUUCCCGUUGGAGCAGGCAGGAGGAUCAGACAGCAAAGGAGCCCGCAGGGGCUUGUUUCAUUUCGUUCGUUUGUUUUGCAAAUUGUGAGGUUGGUUUGGGGUUACUCAUUUUUCUUUUUUUUUUUUUUUUUCUUAAAAUGGAAAAAUUAAAAAGAAAAAAAGGAAGCAACCCAACAUUUCUGUUGGCAGAUCCUGUGCCGCUGUGUUAUGUGUGGAUUUUUUUUGUUGUUGUUGUCUUUGUUACUUUGGGAAUGUUACAGAUUUAUUUGCUAAUCAGUGUUAAUGAACAGUUUCAAACUUUUAGACUUGCCCAUUUCUGUGUAUUUAUAUAGAUGGAAAAAAAAUACAUUAUAUUUUGUAUCUUUGUGCCCAUAAUGUUGUUGCGUGUUUAAGUAUGACUUCGGUCACACCAUGUCCAUGUGUGAAUGUGACACCGCUUUUGUCUUCCCAUUGUACAGAUGUUGGAUUCUUUGCAGUUCAUUGUAUGGCUUUAUAAAGUGGUAAAAACAAAAAAAAAUCAGUUAUAUAAAAUAUACUGUUGCUUGGAAUGCCAGCUUGGUGUCUGGAUUGCUGGAAAUGUAUCCUGAAAUUUAAGGGAGCGCAGGAAUAAACGUGCUGUUCUUUUUGCACAGGGAAAAAGAAACAACCCUAAA